AUGGUUCACAAACCCACCGUCCUCUUCCUCUGCAUCCACAACGCCGGCCGCUCCCAAAUAACCGCAGCCUACCUCACCCACCUCACCAAUGACAAUACCAUCCAAGUGCACUCCACCGGCUCCGCCCCAGUGCCCUCCAUAAACCCGAUUGUCAUGCAGGCCAUCAUGAAGAAGGAAUCGACCUCUCGAGUCAGAGACCCGAAGCUCCUUACGCACGAAACGGUCGAGGAAUGUGAUGUUGUUACUAUGGGCUGCGGAGAUGCUUGUCCUUAUUUCUCGGGGAAGGGAUAUGUUGACUGGCGGAUUAAUUACCCUGCCGGGCAGGGGAUUGAGGGUGUUAGGCGUGUGAGGGGUGAGAUUCAGGGGAGGGUCGAGGGGCUUAUUGAAAAGUUGCGGGCUUUGGGCGAGGUAGAGUGA